AUGGAAAAUGGCGCUGAAGUGGUCGGGAAGGUGCCAAACCCCAAUGCCGGACAGCCUAAUUUUACGACAGCAAGUGAAGUGGCUACAAUGGAUUUUGUUCGCACUGUCUUAGGUACUCCUGUUCCACGUGUUCUAUCCUGGAGUUCGAAAGCAGACGAGAACGCUGUUGGUGCCGAAUAUAUCAUCAUGGAAAAGGUUGGAGGUGUCCAGCUAAGUCAUGCCUGGGACGAUAUGGGCAUCGAAGAUAGAUUUGAAAUUGUGAAAGCAAUCGCAGGAUACCAAACAUCUUGGUUAUCUACUUCCUUCACCAAAUACGGGAGCCUUUACUACUCAUGCGACACCGACCAUCAAAAAGAAUGUGUUUUAAUAAAGAGCGAUGGCACUCAUGCCAAACAGCCUCGUUUUGCCAUUGGGCCAUCGACAGGUCGAGAUCAAGCUGAUUAUGGAAGGGUAUUAAUUGAUUUUGACCGCGGACCAUGGGAUGAUGCCCUUCAAUAUCGCCGCGCAGUCGGUUUCCGAGAGAUUGCCAGCGUACAGAGCAUUGCAGAACUUCCCCGAUCCCCUCUGAGUCUUUAUGGACCCGAUACAUACUACCCGACUAGAGCUAAAAAAUUGGCUGCUCUACAUAGUUACCUUCAGCUGGUACGGUACCUCUUACCGACCGACAAAUCGAUUACGGCGUCUUUCCUAUGGCAUAGCGACCUUCACACAGAGAACAUCUUCGUCAAUCCAGAACGGCCCACAGAUAUUCUAGGCAUCAUAGAUUGGCAGUCAACUGAACUAUUACCUCUAUUUGAACAUGCCCGCCAGCCGUAUUUCCUGGAUUAUGAUGGACCCUUUGUCGAAGGUCUUGAACCGCCAACCUUGCCCGAGAAUAUCGGCGAACUUUCGUCAGCGAAGCAACUCGAAACGAAACGUCUCUAUAUCAAUAUGUCUCUCUCAGCGUUGUACCGAAAUCUCACAUAUCGCGACAAUCCAGUACUAUACAAAGCGAUGGAGUUUCGGCAGACUAGAUGCUUCGAAAUGAUGCUACUUGCGCAGAAUCUUUUGGUAGACGGGGAGGCAUUAUACCAAGCCAGUGCUCUGGAUCUGGAGAAAGAAUGGCCCGAUAUACCAGGUGUUCAGGCAUUCGGAAAUCCUCCUUUCCCAGUGCAGCUCUCCGCUAGUGAGGUUAGAUCGCUUGAGGUGGAUGUUUCUGGCGCCAUUCGAGGUAUGGAGUUGUUGGCGGAUGUCAAAAAUUCGCUAGGCGAGUUAUGGCCAGAAAAGGGAGUCGUGAGGCAUGACCAAUAUGAUGAUACAAAAAAGCGCCUUAAUCAAGCCAAGGCCGAAAUACAUAACCGGCUGAAGUCUUCUGAAGAACAGCGAGCAUGGGAAUAUUCAUGGCCGUUUGGCAGAUCAAACAACUCAAAGACCGGCGAGAUCCCUUGA